AUGGUGGAAAUUUAGAUGUCAAUAAGGAUUAUUUUAAUUUGGAUAAUAGUUUGGUUAUCUAGUUUUACAUGUUGGUUAUACUGCCAUUAAUAUUUUCUUUUUAUUUGUUGUGCAUUGCAUGUGCAAGAGAAAGUGAGGUUAAGAUACGUGGUCGUGAUCGUUGGUUGCAAACUUUAAUGCACGUUGUUUGUAACACAUGGAACCCAAAAGUGUUAAUUCUUGUGAAAAAAUGAAAGAAUCUUUGUUAGAGGAAAUAAAAGAACAAGGAGAAAUUGUUAGAAAGUUGAAAGCAUCACAAGCAAGUAAAGAUAAGAUCUCGGAGGAGGUGGCGAAGCUGUUGGAGCUGAAGGCCCGGCUCAGCUCCGAGGAUACGGGGCCGCAGAAGUUCACGCUCAAGACGCCGAAAGGCACCAGGGACUACGGGCCGGAGCAGAUGGCGCUGCGCUCCAGCGCGCUGGACAAGAUCGUAGCGGUCUUCAAAAGACACGGCGCGGAGGCCAUAGACACGCCGGUGUUUGAGCUCAAGGAAGUAUUGACUGGGAAGUACGGAGAGGACUCCAAACUGAUUUAUGAUCUCGCAGACCAAGGCGGUGAGAUCUUGUCCUUGCGUUACGACCUCACGGUUCCGUUUGCUCGGUAUCUGGCCAUGAACAAGAUCAGCAACAUAAAGCGAUACCACAUUGCUAAAGUGUAUCGGCGGGACAAUCCAGCCAUGACAAAGGGUCGAUACCGGGAAUUCUAUCAGUGUGACUUUGACAUAGCGGGUCAGUAUGACCCAAUGAUUCCUGAUGUAGAGUGCAUCCGAAUAGUUUCAGAGAUUCUGGAGUCUCUGAAGAUAGGUGAAUACUUGAUUAAAGUGAAUCAUAGGUUACUGCUGGAUGGAAUUUUCGAAACAUGUGGAGUUCCACAAGACAAGUUCCGGACCAUUUGUUCUGCUGUGGAUAAGUUGGACAAGCUGUCGUGGGACGAGGUGAAGACGGAGAUGGUGGAGGAGAAGGGGCUGGCGCCCGAGACGGCAGAUCGCAUCGGCGCGUACGUGCGCCUGAGCGGGGGCAUGGAGCUGGUGGAGAGGCUGGGCGGGGACGCGGCGCUGUGCGCGUCGAAGGCGGCGCGGGACGGCCUGGAGGCCACGCGCUUGCUGCUCGGCUACUGCGACCUCUAUGGGCUGGCCGGGGUCGUCCGCUUCGACCUGAGCCUGGCCCGGGGCCUCGACUACUACACCGGGGUCAUCUACGAGGCCGUCCUGCUGGGUGAGACCAGAACAGAAGAUGGUGAACCUGUUGGUGUUGGCAGCAUUGCUGGUGGUGGUCGAUACGACACGCUUGUCGGGAUGUUCGACUCGAAGCACAAGAACGUCCCGUGCGUUGGAGUGAGCAUAGGUGUGGAGCGGGUGUUCUCUGUUCUGGAAGCGCAGUUUGCGCGAAGCAACACAAAGAUACGCACUACGGAUGUCGAAGUGUAUGUCGUCUCUGCACAAAAGAACCUGUUGGAAGAGAGAAUGAAGUUGUGCAAAGAAUUGUGGGAUGCAGACAUUAAGGCGGAAUCGUCGUACAAGCGGAACCCCAAGUUCCUGGGCCAGCUGCAGCACUGCGAGGAGUCCGGUAUCCCGCUGGCAGCCGUGCUGGGGGAGUCGGAGGUCGCGCAGGGCCUGGUCACCUUGAAGGAGGUCGGCACCCGCCAAGAAGUGAAGGUCAAGCGGCAGGACCUCGUGCGAGAGAUACGGCGAAGGUUGCAGGCUCCCUCGCCCGUGGGCUGCUGAUCGGAUCUGUGUGUUACAUCAGCCACGAUUGAAUGACUCUUUGAAUUGGGUUGCGAUAAUUGCCUUGAUUUUAUCAGGGAAAAAACAAAUGAGAUGGUCGCAAGUGCUCAGUAUUUAUUAUUAAUUAUUCAUGAA